ACUUUCAAAAAGUUACGCUACAGACUUCUCGUGUCUCAAUUCGAAGCUCAUAUUUUUGAUUUUUAUUGAUUGCUUUCAUUCUUAAAUACUUACUUUUCAUCAAGAUUUCACGAUCCUCUAGCACACAAAGUACCUUCAUGCUAGAUCCAAACCUAUCUAAAUCUGAACAUUACAGAACCAUGACUAGCAUGUUUGUCGUUUUUCUCAGUAAUCAUAGACCUAUCGUCUGUCUGAUUAAUUUUAAUUCACAUUUAACAACCAGAAGACAAGGUUUCAUAGUAUUCUCGUACCGUAAGAUUCCGUGUUAAAACAUGAAAAGGGGGAAACCCCCCCCCCAAAAAAAGUAGGACUGAAUGCUUUGCAGCUCCAUACUUCUGGUAAGUCAGUAACUACAGGAGAACCCUCGGGUACGCACUGUCCGUCCCCAAAAGCUUUUUGCACCUAAAUUUCGUGCUUAGUUACUCACCUUAUCCUGAAUCCCCCCUACGUAUAUCUUAAAUAUUCAAGACUAAUUGGUCCGUUACCAUCAUCACUUAAUAGUUCUGAAAAGUAGGUUCCAUUUACAUGACGCGCAUUAUUUGGGACUACUGACUGGCAUGACGGUUUCACUUUGUCCUUGAAAGCUUUUGCAAUUUCUGGUCUACUGGUUAACAAUCAUCCAGUACAAACUCCCAUAUUUUUAGAACCUUAGAUUAGUUACACAGGAAACGCCUGCAUUCAUCUCAUCUUAAGCAGUCCCUCCCAUAGUAAAAUCAUAUACCCUCAAUAUCGUGUUUUCUUUGUAGUCAAGCUCUUAACACGUAAAUGAUCAGAAGUGGUCCAUGUGACUAUAUAUCACAGGUGAUCUGUCAGUAUAUUUGUAAUGCAACUUGCUGGCUCACUGCUUUUUCCCUUAUGAUAUCACUACAGUAGUCGAAACAAUUAACGCCAGUCAGUUCUCAAAAAUAUUAAUUGUUUGAUGUAAAAAUUUCCUUCGAAAGAACGGUCGUCUGAUGGUUCAUAUAUUUCUGAGUACUAAAUGAAACAUGUCCUAGGUAGUCUCUUGUAGGCUGCUUUUUGACAUGUUAGCAUCACAGGACUUUUAAAUUUACAUUACCAUUAGAAGUGGGUAUAAACUGGUCUCAAAGAGUUGCACUCCCAUCCUUUUACAUAAAAAUAGUCUUGAACAACCAAACGAAGACAGGAAAACUGACAGUCAAUGCAGAUAUGCCUAACUAGGAGUGCUGGUAGUAGUAACUUAAUGUAGUGUAGUGAGAUUCGCUGCCAAAUCCCGAGAGCGAUAGAACGGAAUUCCCAAAGUUUUGCUGCUAGUAAGUUAGGUGUAUUAUGAGACUUCGGUGACUUCCACUGUGAAAGAAAGCCAAUAUCUUAGCAAUUUAUUUGAUCUUAAUUGUUAGGUAUCCUUUGUAUUCACAUUUUGUCAGUGGAAAUAUUUAAAUAACCUUCCCAAUACAUUCGAAGAUCGCCUCGACUGAUUCUAUCCAAGUGCCCGGUUAGUAUCAUCGACCCUUACACGUUAAUUGUAAGACUGUAAGAUGUGAAUUUAUGCAUUGUUGAGGAUAUAGACUUGUAAUAGCAUCAAACAUUGCUUCUACCUUAACUUCUCAAUUAUGUGACUUAUGAAACCACUCCUCAUAAGAAUAUUAACGAUCCUUGUGCCGUAUAUUCCCUAGAAUAUACUAAUAUAUGUUAAAAAGUUAAGAGCAGCUCAUAGAAAACCGGUUAUAAAACACCUAUCGAGAAAUCAAGUACGUUUUUACUUUUUAUAAAUACAGACAAUGAGCAACAUUAAUUGGUCUCCCAUGGUAAGAACUGAAUAUUAGACCUCUGAAUUAAGUAAAUUCUAGAGUAACUAAACGUAAUUUUCGUUGUCAUAUAAAUGUUAAUUUUCGUUUACAAAUGAGUUAAUAAGUACUUGGUAACAACGCUUUACAUGACUAUGACCAAUCUUCUUUAUUUAAAGACUUCGAUCACAAUAUAAAACUUGUCCGAAUUCAACAUCACAAUUCGAAGUCCUGUGAGCGUUCGCACCUCUGGGGUUUAUAUUAGAUAUGACGUAAAUUUUUGUUUGAUCAACAGAGAUGACACUAGUUGACCAACCGGAAUCAGAUGUUUUUAAGUUGAUUAUCUCUAUAAAUACGUUGAGUAGUCACGAUUUUACGCUAAUUCUCUACAUUAACUCUUAGUUUCCACAGGCAACUAUAGCGCGGUAUGUGUUGGUCUCACCUACUAUGAUGUACUGAAUAUUAUUUUAGAACUUGUAGACUAUACUUACUAGCUGGUAGUGCGCAAGAAGGCUCUCCCUAUGAUUUGGAUACCUGGACGGCAUUACAGAUUACAAAUCACAUAUUUACAAUAACUUCGUUUGUAGAUAGCGAAAACUCGUUUCACAUGUUGUCAAACGUACAGGACUAAGUGAUACACUAUUGUAUCACAAAUGCUAACAAGAUAAAGUACUAUUAUUCGCCAAGAAACUUUCUUCGUAGUAUUCAUUUGAAACUAGAUUGAGACGGUAAAUAAGUAUUCCAAGUGGUAAAUCACCUGUGAACUUUUAUUGAUCAAAUUAUAUAGAAACCCUGGAACGCUACUUAUCCCUGUUAAUACAAUAUACUGAAAUCUGCGUAAUUUAAUUAGCAAAGACAUGACAUUUUUCUAACCAGUUGUUGACUGUUGAGUUAUAUCUUGUACGUGGAUACACGACCUGGUUAUGGACUUUGAGACAUCCCUGGCCAUAUGUUGAAGAACCUUUAAAAUAGCUUCACGUCGACAGUAUCAGCACUAAGUCCCUAAUCAUUUUCCUCCCUUGGAUUCUGAGUUUUAAUAUGUUCUUCGGGAUCACUUUGUUCACGACUAGCCAUUACUGAUGACAACAUUCGCGCGACCAUUGCAUUUUAACCUAGUAACUUUUUUCUUACUAAGUUGAUCUAGGGCACUAGUGAGUAUUUUUAGCUAAAUUUUUCAUUUUUGAUGAUAUUUCUGUUGCCACUCCUACUGCUUAUAGAAGAUAUGUGCAUCAUACUCAGUGUUUAGUUCCGUAAAUAUAAAAAGUAACCUUUCAAUAGUUCAGUUAAUCAUAAGUAACGUAAACUACAUAUAUGUAUGGAUUGCCACUUAAAGAAUUGUUAGUUACUAGUUAAAUAAUAAGGGAGUUAGGGUAUUUCUUCACCACGACUAACUGCAUGAUCUCAGUAUUAAGUAUACAUAUAUCCUUAACUGAGUAACUACAGUACAAAGUCAGAUUAUUUGAACCUAGUUAUGUUUUUACACAUCCUGACUCUAAUAUUUUACUUCUACGCAUUUUAUUUUCAAAUAUAGUUAACAAUGAUAAUACCAAUACGUUGUUUUACGUGUGGAAAGGUUGUUGGUGACAAGUGGGAAAGCUACAUUGGUUUGCUUCAAGCUGAAUAUGCUGAAGGCGAUGCUCUGGAUACUUUAGGUUUGAGACGUUAUUGUUGCCGACGCAUGCUUCUUUCACAUGUUGAUUUAAUAGAAAAGUUACUGAACUACUCACCUUUACAAAGAUAAAGAACUGUGAUAAUUUAAGGGAAUUAUAUACUAGAACUUUUGAAAUCAAAUAAAAAGUAACAUAUUCAUACAUCUGGAUAUUUAAUUCCCGUUAUACCAACGCCGUAAUAUAUCGAAAAUUCCUGAAGAUUUGUUUUCUGACUGGUAUUCUUUCAUGGAUGGAACGCUUGGAUCCAUAAUUAGUAAAUCUGCAAUAAACACCAAGACAGUUUGUCUAGAAAUUAAAAUGCUCAACGACCUGGUGCCUAACAAGAUAACGUAUCAAUGCAUCUUAAUUAUGCUACGGGUCAAAAUUUGUCAUUGAAGUAAACUGCCAGACUUAUUAGUAGCUUGCGGUACAGUGAAGCCGUCGUUUAAAUAUUAAUGAAGUUGUGGAAAGUAGUUCUUGAACAUACAAAUUUUCCUAUCCGAAAGGAUUUAACCUUAUAAACGGUAAAAUAUUUAAUAGGGUUUUUAACGGAUUGGAAUUUACUUCCAUUCAACAAGACUAGAAUAUCUAAAUUAGACCUCAAAUACUAAGCACAGUUUCGGAAUAAGAGCGUAAACCUCUGUCGCAACCAAAUAUUCACCUGUCUUGCGGCACCUUUGUGUGCUCGUUAGGUGCUUCUAAGGUGAAGCUUUACAAUAGUCAACCUCUCAAGGUGAAAAUGGCACCGGACAGAGUUGCUUUGAAUACUUUGCACGGAAUUUGAGUGACGUAAAUUGCAAUUAAGGUUGUUUCGCAAGAUUAUUAGUGGUAAUACAUCAAUAAAGACAACUUUGAUAAGGCGUAUAUGAAGUUAAUUCAGUUUUGUUCUCUGAGUUGGAUGGUUUGGUCGUGGAGCUUUUAUCAUCCUUCCUAACGACAUCAGCACAAACUUCGGGUAGAUGUGAUUUAAGUAUUUCCAGUCAAAAAUUCCCAGGUUUACGAUAAUUCAGCACCAAACUUAAGUUAUGGUGAGAAAAUCUCUGCGUAGCGAGAUUAUGAAUGUGAAAGUUGCUCACAAGAAAUUGUCUCAGUAAAAACUGAUAAGCACCCACCUUUCAAAACUGCGAGGAAUGACUUGUCCUUUUGUCUUAUCCUGACUCAUAUAUAUCUAAUGCCCCCUUGUACCAAUAUUUAUUUGUUCAAAUAAAUUCGUCUUAUCCC